GCGGCGUGCGGAGAGCGAGGAGGGGGAGGACACAGAUGCAUGAGGAGGAGGAGGAGGACACGGCCGUCGACUCCUCUCCUCUCCACGCCGGCGCCAGUGCGCUGGUCGCGGGGAGCGAGGAGAGGGAGGGGGAAGAUGCAUGAGGAGGAGGAGAAGGAGGAGGAGGAGGUGGAGGAGGAGGACCAGGCGGUGGCGCACCCGCUGGAUCCGAGGCGCGUGGGCGCAGAGGCAGCCGCGGUGGGCUCCGGCCUCUUCUUCACGCACGGCGGCAGGAGCAUCUCCACCUCUCCACUCCCCCGCCCCCACACGAGAGCCCUCCACAACCCCACCCCCACGCCGAGGCGCCGUCCAGAGGCGGUCGGCGGCGGCGCAGGUUCUGACAGAUGAGUGAUGACUAAUGGUUGAUGCAAAGGAGGAGGCGUACUGAUGGAAGUUGGUAGCAAAAUCAGGUGAGGCUGGAUAGCCCGUCCCAAGUGCGCAGGUGAGUCCCCCUCCUCUCUCUCUCUCUCUCCCUCUCUCUCACACGCGCGCGCGCGCACACACACACACAUUUUUCCUUUGAGGUUACAAAUGCGAGCACUAGCGGUUGUUGCCUUGUUGGGUCAAGCCGCCAUUGCACCAGACACGCAAAUACACAUUGCUCUCAGAUUCUUUUGGUGGGGUUUGCAAGUAGAGAGAUCGCAUUUAGGAAUUAUAUUUUGUCAUCACACAGAAUGACAGAAGAUAGGACCAGUAACUUCUGGUUCUGGCCUUCUUGGAGGAUACAGAGAGAUACUUAUAAGGCAAUAGGGGUGUGGUGCAGAAGAUGCUCUCCAACCAUUUGAAUAUGCAGUUCACCACAACUCAUUCACAACAAAAGCCUUGAGUAGUAGCACUGAUGUCACUAUAAAAUAUAAUUUUGUAAAAAUCCAAAUAAGCAUUGUAUAUACAAUUCAGUUCCAUACAUUAAGCAUACCUCAAUCUAUAGGACGAAUGAAUUGAAACUGAAAAUAUAAGUGAUGCACUAGACUUUUAUCUAGGAAAAUUGGGGCAUUUCUUUUCAGCAUUACUCCUUAUCCAUUAAAUAUUAUGUGCCAAAACAAGAUGGAUAGAACCAUACUUUGUGCUGGCUUGACUUUAAUACUUAUAUAUCAAUUCCUUACUCUAGCCUUUUCAUCAGGAUUAAUUUAGGACAGUAUAACCGAGCCACUUCCCUGCCCUCUCAGGACCUCACAAUUUUUGGCCGUCCAUUCUUGUGAUUGAGACAUUUUUAGCCCUCAGAUCUGUUGUCCUAAAGGGCUGCUUCUCCACAGGAUUUUUCUGAGCUCUCUGGUUAACUGGGCCAUUUCACGCAGCCCAAUCAUCUAGAAAGGCCCGGAUCUGUCCGUCCUGGAGACCAUCGAUUGAUCGUUUUUCCUCCGUAAGAAAAAAAAUCACUCGGUGGCGUGAGGGGUGAAGAGGAUCCGUCCAUCGUUGCGAGAGAGAUUGAGAGAGCACUAGUAGAAAAGGGGGCAAUGGUCCAGGCCAGGUCAGCCCAUUAGUCUCGGUUCAAUCCAGAACCGGGACCAAUGGGGGCAUUGGACCCGGUUCG